GUUUCUCCUCCUCUGUGGCAGCGGAUCAAACUGAAGAGAAGCGCGCACAAACCGAAGACCAAACUGAUAACAGCACUGCGUUUUGUUUGAAGCUUUGCACCUUUGGCACGGAGCUGCCCGAGACGCGCAAAGAAACUUUCCGUGAACACAUGAGCACAAAUGCUGGAACUUUAGCGAUAAUAAAGCGAAUGAAUUGUUCCUGUGUGGGCUGAUUUUGCAUCUAAAGACCAAGUAGAAGCUGUUUGCCUCCAUGCAUGACCUCGGUUCCGCAGCCACUGGUCAAAGCCUCCGCGUUUUGCAGCUCUUUUUCAUGCAGAACUCCUAAUUGGAGACGUAACUGUGCCAUCCCUGUACCGUGCGCUCUCGGCUGGAGCAGCGAUAAUGCAGCACGAACGCCUGCUCAAAGUCUUGGUCAUCGGUGAUCUGGGAGUCGGAAAAACGUCCAUCAUAAAGCGCUACGUCCACCAGGUGUUCUCCCAGCACUACCGAGCCACCAUCGGAGUGGACUUCGCCCUCAAAGUGCUCAACUGGGACCACAACACGGUGGUGCGGCUGCAGCUGUGGGACAUCGCCGGGCAGGAACGAUAUGGCAACAUGACCCGAGUGUACUACAGGGAGGCGGUGGGGGCGCUGGUGGUCUUCGACAUGACCAGAUCGUCCACAUUUCAGGCCGUCCUCAAGUGGAAGGGGGACCUGGACUCUAAGGUUGCCCUGAGCAACGGCAGGUCGGUUCCAGUCGUCCUAUUGGCCAACAAGUGCGACCAGCGUCGUCACGGUUUGUGCCCCAAGCUGCCCAAACUGGAGAACUUCUCUCAGGAGUACGGCUUUGUCGGCUGGUACGAAACCUCUGCCAAGGACAACACCAACAUCGACGCCGCCAUCACGUGUUUGGUGAACAGCAUCAUGUCGAUGGAUGAAGAGAAGGCCUUGACCGAGGCCACCAACGGCACUAAAAGCGAGCCGGACGGCAGCAUCAUCGUUCUGCCUCGCUUCGACUACAACAUGAAGGAGAAGAGACUCGACGGAUGCUCGGGUUGCUCCUCGCUCAAACCCAAACAUGGAGACGACUGAAGGAGACUGAAGCCAGAGAGUCACGUUGUUAAAUAAUUAAAGGGAUGUAAAGUCACAUCCCGUCCAGCACUUCUCUGUGGUUCUUCAGAGAAUCCAAAACAAGAACAUGUGAAGUCAAAACUUGUUUUUUUCUGCUCAGGAUUUUAACGAUGAACAUUUUUUCCAAUCAGUGGACUCAAAAAUAAGCCACCUGAGAAGUCUUUUAUUUGGAUAAUGUGGGAGUAGAUAGGUUUUGGUUUUGAAAGACAAAAACAUGGAGAGGUUUUGAUGAAGAUGAUGAAGAGCAGCAGAGCAGCAGAGCAGCAUCUCAUCUGAGUCUUCAUUUACCUUUAACGCUUCUGCUGGAGGAGCAGACAUAAGCUUCAUAUUUUAAUGUUAAUUAUUACUGCUCUGUCCAUAACUGCUUAUAAACUGUUUGUUGAGCUUUUUAUAUUAAAAAUAAUUUGCUGAAUA